AUGGAGGGGUCAACUGCAAAAAAAAAACCAGGAUAUGGGCGUCACAAAAAAGAGAAUUUUGCAGGCUACCAGCUACUGUCCCGUCAGUCCACAGCAGACAGCAGCGGCGAUGAGACCGUCCACCCCAGGAAGCUGAACGGCUCCCCAGCGGACCCACCGAGCUACCAGAACCUGCACCGCGAGCUGAUGCUAAGCCACAAAAGGGGCCUGCUGCUGGAGGAGAAACCUGAGCUGAAGCGAGUGUUGGAGCAGCGCAGACUGGAGCUGCACAAGGAGGAGGAGAUGGCUCAACGCCGGCCCUCAGAUCUGGAGACGGAGCUCCGCAAGAGGCAGCAGAAGAUGCAAGAGUACGAGCAGGAGGAGAUCAGGCAGCGGGAGAACCAGCAGAAGAUCCCAGAGUUUGUCCGUGUGAAGGACAACCUGAGGCGCACUCAGACGUCGGAGCAGUGA